GGUGUGGCUGUAUUUGUAUAUCAUCAAUGAUAAAAUAUACACCCCUUUUCCGUUUUAAUAUUAUUGACUGAAGAUAAGGGAGUUCCAUACAGUAGAAGCCAGGAAUGUGUGUAAAGCAAAUCUGAAAGUCUCUGCUGGUGAAAAAAAAAUAUAUAUCCAUAACAAAAGUCUAAAAUAAUGGCAAGUAUUAAAGAUGGCGGGGUCCUGAGCCGAAAGACGUGUGUGUGUGUAAACCGUGAGCCCAGUAAUUUGCCCUCGCUCUAUUUGCCACUAUACAAUGAAGAAUUAUGAGGAUGUGUGACAGAGCAUUCCAAAUGUUGAUCACCACAGUUGGGGCUUUUGCAGCUUUCAGCCUGAUGACUAUAGCUGUCGGGACAGACUACUGGCUGUAUUCCAGAGGCGUAUGCAGGACUAAGUCUUCAAAUGAUAACGAGACUAGCAGAAAGAAUGAAGAAGUGAUGACCCACUCCGGAUUAUGGAGAACCUGUUGUCUUGAAGGAUCCUUUAAAGGAGUCUGCAAGAAAAUCGACCAUUUUCUAGAAGAUGCAGACUAUGAACAGGACGCUGCGGAGUAUCUACUGCGAGCUGUGCGUGCCUCCAGUAUCUUCCCAAUCCUCAGUGUAGGGCUGUUGUUUUUGGGGGGCCUUUGUGUUGCUGCUAGUGAAUUCUACAAGAGUCGGCACAACGUCAUACUCAGUGCUGGCAUAUUUUUUGUAUCUGCUGGCUUAAGUAAUAUAAUAGGAAUUAUAGUGUACAUAUCUGCAAACGCUGGAGAUCCUGGGAAGAGUGACUCAAAGAAGAGCUACUCCUAUGGCUGGUCUUUUUACUUUGGGGCCCUGUCGUUCAUCAUCGCAGAGAUGGUGGGGGUCAUAGCCGUGCACAUGUACAUUGAGAAACAUCGGCAGAUGCGGGCCAAGUCCCGCACCGAGCUCUUCAAGAAGUCGGCCUUCAGUCGGAUCCCCAGCUAUCGGUACCGCUUCCGUCGGAGGUCAAGCUCCCGAUCCACCGAGCCAAGAUCCAGGGACACCUCCCCAGUCGGCAAAAUCUUCACCGCACCCCUCUCCACUGAUAUAUCCUUGUACACCCUGUCCCGAGACUCCUCCAAGGCCACGAUGGGGACUCUCCUGAACUCGGAGAGAGACUUCUUACAAGUGCACAACUCCGUCCCUAAGGAUUUCAAAGAAUCAGCCAACAGGAGAACCACACCGGUGUGAAACAGGACUAGAGUAUAGACAACAUCAGGGCAGAGUCGUAGAGAACAAGAUUGGCUUGCCUGCCGUCAUGCAAUUUGCAGGCCUGGAACUUCUUGAUUAAAAAAUAUAUAUAUAUAAAUGGUUAGGUCAGUGGUGCUUUCUUUUGCUUCUCUUGUUUUGCAUACACGUGCAGAAUUCCCCUGAAGUUUACUGGGAGGUAACUCGACUUGGUUGCCCUGGUGGACGGCACGUGAAAUGCGCAACAAGUGACUCUGUUUUAGUGAUGCCUGACAGACUUAUGUCUUUAGCUUUUGUCUACAACUUUCUUUCUUUCUUUCUUUACACCUCGAACAUACCCUGUUGUUGGUAAAUGUGUAACAUUUAAUGUGAGAUGACUGUUCAUCUGCGAUUCACAGCGGAGAUGCUAACUUACAUGUGCUGGACAUGAUGCUCUGCCAUCAUCUUAGUAAAUAUGGUUCCUGUUUUGUUUUUUAUAUAAUAAAUGCUUUAUUUAUGCAUGCAGAUAUUUUAGGUACAUCACAUUAUGACAACAAUAAUUAUGAAACCAACCAAUUUCAUAUAUUCCUUAAGCCAGCAGUGUUUUCAUGUUAUUUCAUUAUAAACAAUGGGGCCUACUACAUAGCUAUGUGGUACACAAGGUAACCUUGAUGUGAAAGCCGUUUUUGUAUUUAACUACCUUGUAGCAUUAUAUUAUGCAAAAAAAUAAUUUUAUAUAUAUAUAUAAAGAAAUUGAUAUGUCUGGCUUUCAAAUAGUAAGUUAAUAAAAUCAUGUUGGCCAUUAAAUCUGUCACAGCCAUUUGAAAUGUUGGCCAUGGAACCUGAUAAACUGAGAUUGGCGAGUUUGCUUUGACUUUGGAAAAAAUGGUCACACUAAAUGUUAAUUUAGGUUGAACAUAAUGGGGAUUAAAAAAAACAGCUCAGCUCCCAUUUCUAUACUGUGUGAGAAAAACCUUCACAGCCUCCAGGUGUUACUGAGUUCCUUUACUGGCCUGCAGAAUAAUCCACAUAUAAUAUGAAGAGAGAAAGAAGAAAAAAGACUUUGCAGUACAAUAAUCCAACAUUCACUGUCUUUUCCAGCACAGAACAGCAUUUCCUGCAAGUAAAACGGUUCCAAACUAUCACAGUGUAGCAGUCUUAUCCAAACCCUAUCUAUCCAAACUGGAUGAUUAUCCUAACUGGCACCAAUGAAACAGCUCUAGACAGCCUCUUUUCAUAGCUUGUUUGAAUCACCAAGUCACAAAAUUAUAUAUUUUUUCUUUACAAAAUAGAAAGAUAAUUUCUUUAAAAGGGAUAGUCUGAUAUUUUCUGUAAAUUUACUUUAUUGUCUGGGUAUGGUUUUAACAUUGAGGGGAAUUCAUAUUCACAGAUAAAGUACCCUGUGUGUCAGGGCCAACAGACGAUAGUGGUAGAGCUUGGGGGCGCCCAGCUGUCGCACCCAAUGUGGCUCGCAGAGAUUGACGAGGAGUGCACACUGUGUUUUCUUCAAAAGUAGCAGAUGGGUGCAUGCAAAUUAGAUGAUCGAUCAUUUAACUGUGCUGCAGAGAUUACUUUGCAUGGUGCUCUCGUUUUUCAAAAUACUUCCAAGUGUUUAUUUUUUUUGUACUCCCUUAGCCAAUAGCAGAGCUAGGUAAUGAAGGGCGCCUGCUUUCCUGUCAGUAAGGUGAGAAUUGUAGUGACUGAUCACUUUCGACUUCCUCCUCUCUUAAAAAUACUGUGCCAAAUUUUUUCAGGUGUAGUUCGCACAUUUUUCUAUUUGUUUUAGAAAUGAACGAGCAUUAGAAAUUAGAUGAAAGUAUUCGAGAAAUAAUUUUUUUUAGAAUACUCGCUUACUCGAGUAUCCAGACUCACCCCUAAUUCUGACCCAUUACUGCUUUUAAAUGUCCAGUAACUUUUAGAAGGGUUUUGAAAUGGUUACACAGCUGCCCUUUUAAAAGAGUGAUGGCUUUAAUCGGUUUUGAGAAGCAGUUAAGUAGCUUCAAAUGUCAGUUUGGUUUUCCCUUUCCUCUACCAUUUAUGACGUCUACAAUUAUUGUUUUGCUCCAGUAUGUCAUUUGAAUCGUUUAAAAUUCGAUUAAAAUUCACUGCAAUUACAUAAACGACAUUUGGAGCUAAUUAGCCUUUGAUCAUAAAAACCUGAAGUCGAUAUUACAAUAUCAAAGUGGACAACUGAAUAAACCUUUCCUGGCCAGACAUGUUUUUUCUGAUUUCCUUUGUCAAAACCACCAAGCUAUCGCUGAACCAACAACAAAAACAAAAAUGUCAAUGUUAAUCCAAGUCUGCCAAAACUCAUCCACCCAUCUCAAACUAAAAGAUUAACAUGUACCACCCAGACCUCCAAAAGCCCAUUCUGUAAUGCUUCAUUGUAAGCGAAUAAUUAAAUAUAUAAUUACAUAGGAACAAACAUGGUUUCCUACUGAAAAACAUGAAUUACAUAUACCCCCAACAUGUGUUUGUAUUGUUGGUUAUUGUUAAUGAGGCAUUAUUGUUAGGUUUAGGGUUUACUGCAAUAGAAAUAAGUAUGUAAUUUAUCACUCAUGUUUACAUCAAGUGGAUUUAAUAGGAAAUCACAUAUUGCUUAUUAUGUAAACUAGAGUUGAAUUACAGAAGCCUACAUUAAGUUCUGCUGCUUAUUCUAAUGGAAGUUAUAUUCAUUUAGAAUGUAUCCAUAGGAGGAAUAAAAUGAACAGCACCAUUUUUUUUUUCUAAUCUGGGCAUCCUGUAAAUAUGUUGUUUGAAAGACAACUUAAAGCUUUGUUCUGGAUUUGGGCACAGCAGAACCUAAAAAUACAAACAUAGACAAAAUAUUACUUAUAAUUGGCUUACAAUGCAGUGCUAUUUUAGAUAGUGUGUUCGGCUUAUACGUUUGUAAUUUGGUUAAACCUUAAACAAGAAAUACUAGCUUUGGUACUGAUUACACUCCUCCUUGAUCAUUGUGAAGCCUUUCAUUCUUGAUACAUUUUUAAAAGCCCUCAAAAUGAAGUUCAGUUGUAUUGCUUUGGAACACAGAUGUGCCUAAAGUAAGAAUGUUUCCUAUGCAGUACAAAGAAUACAGGAGACUGGAAUGUGUGCUGAAUGUGGUGGGGAAAAAAAAAAAUAUAUAAAUUCCAACUUGCAUUGAUCAACUGUGGAGUGAAAUUGGUACUGAGAUUAGAGAAGCAGAAAAAAGACUUUUAAAAGGCCAGCAAGUCUGAUUUCUUAAAUACAGUGAAAGAAUCUGUAUUUUAAAAGCACAGACCAUUUAAAAUGUCCCAAUGUACGUGAAACAGAUGUGUAAAAUUAUAU